AUGCUUCGCCGCCACUCAAUUCAUCCUCAANAAGCAGAGGCUUCUUUCAUCUUCCUCAGCGAUCCAGGAGACCUAUCCUAUCUUCCGGCAGGUCACACCACCGACCACCUUCACUUCAAUCGCCCCGUCGACGAUUCCCGACUCACGAGAUCGAACGCGGCAUUGACAAGCUCCAAGCGAUCGCCGUCCGUACCCGCCGUAGCAUCUCUCGAAGGACCAGACACGCAAAGAAGGCCUUUCUCCCGAACCAGCGAUGGACUCUCUGAUGAAGCUCGCUUGGGUCUGCCAAAGGAUUGGGUCAUCUAUCCUGUCUCAAGGCAUCACGGCCAUGCAUCUCACACUUCCAAGCGGCACCAUGAUGACAUUGACUUCUCCAAGUUCGAUUUCACUCGGUCCAUUGAGUUCUCGCUGUCUGCUGAUGCCUCCGACUCUGCCGAAUCACCACCUGCUGAUCGUUUCCGCACCGAUUCUGCUGGCCAACUUGGUGACACUCUGCCACCAUAUCAUGUAGAUGACGAACUUUCCUCCGUUGCUGAGGCCAUCUAUACCAAAAAUGCCAACCUUCACAAAAAACCGAAGCUUAGACACACACGACCUCUUCCUCACGACUUCACCGCACAUGAGCUCAAGGAGAUACGACGCAAAACUCGCCAUCGGAUCAGAGUGGUGACCAGAAACAGUCUAGGCUUGACUGUCAACCUUGGUCUCGCUUCUGUGGCGCCUCAAAUGCUCAUUGCCGCCGCCAUCAACGGUUUCUGCUUAGGCGUUGUCGCUGUGGUCGAAGGCAUUGCUGUCAAGCUUGUCUUCCUCGCCAUCACCCUCAACAAUGACGACUUCCUUGUCCUUACUCAUGAGUUUGUUUCUGCACACUCCGAGCACAUCGCCCCUGUUCUACAAAAUAUUCCUGGAUUCAGCCAAGCCCACGAGGCCUUCAUGGCUCCCAUCGAAAAGAUACAGGAAAUGCUGGGCCUGCCAUCGAUGGCUCAGCGCGCUCUAGAGUUCGGAAGCGGCGGUGGCUGGUACGAUCCUGCAGAUGUGCUGCUGAAAAACAUGUUUCUGGUCGGUGCUGUUCAGGUGGCUAUGGAAACUGCAAUCGAUCAGAUCCAAGAUCGGCUAUCGAGGGCCAAAGAGCAUGUCAGGGAACAUCACGGUCACAAACAUAUUGCUAGACAGAGAGAGUGUGAGGUCGAGGGCGUGGCGUGGAGUCAGAACGUUGAAGUGUUGUUCAGAUUGUCCGCUCGAGAGGAGAAGCUUGGUUGA